GCACGCAGAGCACACACGACGACCAAAAUACCAUGAGCUACACACAGAUCCCACUGGAGAAGUUCCAAGAGACCUUCUCGACAGCGAUAGAGCUGUCGAGCGUCGCGCUUGGUGGCGAGAUCGUGUCCGUCUCCGAUGAGUUUUUCGCGGAGGCGUUUCAUCUCCUUCAGGUCGAGCCCGCACCUAGUCUGAAGGGCCAGUUCGGGCCUAAGGGCGCUCUCUUUAGUGGAUGGGAAUCACGCAGGCACAACCCAACAUACGACUGGUGUAUCAUCAAGCUCGGCACAACAGGGUCGAUCAACGGCUUUGACGUGGAUACCAGCCACUUCAACGGGAACGAAGCGCCGCAAGUGUCUAUUGACGUCUUGUAUUCCGCGGCUGAUGCGCCCGCGCCUAAUGUGGUCGAUCCUAGGUGGAAAGAGCUCCUGCCAAAGGUUAACCUGGGGCCUAGUUCUCGUCACCUGUUUACCGUGCCUCCUUCCGAGGGUGUCAACUAUGUCAAGCUCAACAUGUAUCCUGAUGGAGGAAUAGCGAGAUUUCGAGUAUAUGGAUUAGUCGCGCCUAUCUUUCCCUCUGACACCUCGGCGGUUUUUGACCUGGCACAUGUCUUCUCCGGGGGCCGCGUCGUUUACACUUCCGAUCAGCACUUUGGGGUGGGCUCGAACCUCAUCCUGCCCGGUCGAGGUAAGGACAUGGGUGAUGGCUGGGAAACCAAGCGUAGCCGUGCAAAAGGUCACAAGGACUGGGCGAUCAUCAAGCUCGGAGACGCCGGGUUCCUGUCGCAAGUCGAGAUCGACACUGCGCACUUCAAGGGCAACUUCCCAGAGUCGUGCGAGCUGCACGCGCUGCACAGCGACGACCUCGUCCCCAGCAAUGACCCCGAGGACUCCUGGAGCCUAAUUCUCCCGCGCACGAAGCUUGGCCCGCACCGCCGCCACUUCCUGCAGCUCGAGGACGCGUCCGGCAGGGCGUACACGCACGUCAAGAUCACAAUAUACCCUGAUGGUGGCAUCAAGCGCGUGCGCGUCCUCGGACGGCGCGUCAGCCCCAUCAACGCAGCGGGCGACGCACAGGCUGCGCACCCCGCGGACGCGAUCGCAGAUGAUGGCGGGAGCGGUGCUACCUCUGUGCGCCCCGCCGCCGCGCAAACUUCCUCUGGGCCCUUGAUCCCAGCUCUGCCACUGACGCCCGAGGCAUUUGCCCCGUUCGGGCAGGUCGUGCAGGCGUAUGCGGACGUCAACGCUGUUCCAGACCCGCGCAACACGCGCGUCACAGGCGCGAACCAGGGCACGGCGACAAAGUUCCAUAAGCUCGCGCCGCUCGUCUCGUCAUACCCGGAAGGGUCCGGCGCGACCGCGGGCCUGUCUGUGUACCGGUGCAAGCCCGUCGACGUGCAGCCAGGCGGAGAGUGGGAGGUGAAGGUGCUCGAGCGGCACCCGUGCACUAACCAGGCGUUCAUUCCCAUGGGCGGCGGGCUCGGCCUCGGCGACGCGCUGGAGGAACCGGGCUCGACGUACCUGGUCAUCGUAGCACAAAACGGCGCGGACGACAAGCCCGAGCUGAGCACCAUGCGGGCGUUCGUUGCCUCGGCGGGCCAAGGAAUCGUGUAUGACACUGGCAUCUGGCAUCACCCGAUGGCGGUCCUGCACAAGACGAUGGACUUCACGUGUGUGGAGACCCAGAUUGGCAACGGUGACAAGCUCGACUGCGAGGUCGUUGAUCUGGACGGGGCGGCAGGUUACUACAGAGUGCAAGUGCCGAGCUGAAGACUCGUCGGCUAGUAGUCGUGUGGGUUUAGUGCUAGAAUCACUCGAGCCCCGCUGCGUAUCACCAGCGGCCCUUACCCGCA